CGAAAAUCACCUCCAAGUCCACGACCCUAUUGCUUCAUUUCAUUUCUCAUCCAUUCUCGAGCUCGCAAAAUCCCUUUCUCUCAAGUCUCACACACACAGAAGCUGCUCCAAAAUCUGAAAUGGCGACACUAGGUAGGUUAUCGAGAAGAGUCAUAGUAACAAUUCUCUCCGGCCACCUCCGCUGCCACCAGAAUCACAAUCUCAUCCGCCGCUCGCUGGCGACGGAGGCUCAGGCGGCAAUAAAGGAAUCUCCGGAUCGAGUGAAGUGGGACUACAGAGGACAGAGGAAGAUCAUUCCACUUGGCCAGUGGGCCCCGAAAGUCGCCGUCGAUGCCUACGUGGCACCGAAUGUGGUCCUUGCUGGUCAGGUGACAGUAUACGACGGCGCGUCCGUUUGGAACGGCGCCGUCCUUCGAGGAGAUCUCAAUAAGAUUACAAUAGGGUUCUGCUCUAGCAUUCAGGAAAAGUGUGUGGUUCACGCUGCUUGGUCUUCUCCUACAGGGCUGCCAGCAGAAACAUUAGUAGACAGGUAUGUUACAGUUGGUGCAUACAGUCUGUUGCGAUCCUGCACAAUUGAGCCUGAAUGCAUUAUUGGCCAGCACUCUAUCCUUAUGGAAGGUUCAUUGGUGGAGACUAACUCUAUUCUUGAAGCUGGGUCGGUGCUCCCACCUGGGAGGAGGAUUCCAAGUGGUGAACUCUGGGCAGGGAAUCCCGCAAGGUUCGUCAGGACCUUGACCCAUGAAGAGAUAAAAGAGAUACCGAGGCUUUCUGCUGCAAUAAAUGAUCUGGCCAAUGCUCACCACUCAGAAUUUCUGCCUUACUCCACCGUAUAUUUGGAAGUUGAGAAGCUUAAGAAGUCUUUUGGAAUUUCAAUUUAGAAUUUUUGUUUGAUUGAUUGUACUUGUUGGGAGGUUUUCUUCGGAGAAAAUAAGAAAAUUGUAAGACUCUUUAAGUGAAACUUAGAGUCUCUUGUUUUUAAUGUGAUUCUGCAAUCCGGCAAAGUGAAUGUUUGUUCUCCGUUCAAGGAUUUUCUUCUGACACUCGAUGUAUUUGGUCAUCAAUACAUUUUAUGUUUUCCAGAA